UCAGCGGCAGGACGGGCGGGCCGAGCCAAGGGGAAGCCGGAAGCAGCCGCGGCCGUCAGGAGCCAUGGCGGGUGUCAAAGCUCUGGUGGUGCUGUCCUUCAGUGGGGCGAUCGGCCUGACCUUUCUAAUGCUGGGAUGUGCCCUGGAGGACUAUGGCGUCUACUGGCCCCUGUUCGUGCUGGUCUUCCACGCUGUCUCACCCCUGCCCCACUGCAUCGCCAAGAGGGUCACCUAUGACUCCGACGCGGCCAGCAGCGCCUGCCGGGAGCUGGCCUGCUUCUUCACCACCGGGAUCGUCGUUUCUGCCUUUGGGUUUCCUGUUAUUCUGGCUCGCGUGGCUGUGAUCAAGUGGGGAGCCUGUGGCCUGGUGCUGGCGGGCAACGCAGUCAUUUUCCUGACAAUUCAAGGUUUUUUCCUCGUCUUUGGAAGAGGAGAUGAUGUUAGCUGGGAGCAGUGGUAGCACUUUGCUCCAACAGAGCCCUGUGUUCUUUAGACUUUGUCCUAUGUGUGUUUGUGCACACACGCGUUGUUUUACUAUGGUGUUUAUAUGGUGAGCUUUUAUACUUUUCUAUCAUGAUCAUUUUUAAGGAAGACUCCGCAAGUAAGAGGUUAGUUUUAUUUCCAGCAAGUAGAAGUUGAAUUAUGUCAUCUGUCUGGCUCUUCACAUGGCUGCAGUGUGCUCAGGGUAAGCGCCGUGUGUAGGCAACUGCUCAUUCGGGCAGGGCUCCCAGGGCCUAGGGAGACCGUCGGCCCCCGGUGUCCCAGGCCCGAGCCUCUCCAAACAGGGUCCACACAUCAAGGGCAGCAGCAGAACCCUGGAGCUCGGGCCUUGUUAGCAAUGCGGCACCUAAGGCCCCACUCCCGAGUGACUCGUGUGCACAUUCAUGCUUGGGAAGCUUUGCGUGGAGGAAUAAGCAGCGUCCCUGACUGCCUUGUCCUCCUUUGGCUCAACCACUUAGCCUUGCUGGGCGUCACCUGCCCCUGUGUAAGGAAAUAGCCCCCUGCCCGGGUUCAGAUGCCCUCGGUGUCUGAGAUUCACUCUGUAGUACACGGGCUGUUUGUCAGACCUGUGGCAGGUGUUCUCAGUAGGGAACAGGUGUGCUCUCCACACCUGAGAGGCAGUGGCUGCUGUCACAGUGCCAGGCACAGCAGGCAGGCCGGGCCGGGAAGAGUGCAUGGGCAAUGCUUCGUCAUUCCCCACCCCGCCCUUUCCUCGCCUGGGCCGAUGUGCUCUUUCCUCUUGAUGGCUCUGACUUCCACUUCUUAUAAAGAUGAGAGGGCAAGGGGGGAGCAGAGGGUGGAUCACUUAGUUUUACUGACAUUUUGAUGUACUUCUUAUCCUUCAUGUAAAACUUUAAGCCACCUGUAAAUGAAUCAUUAGCAGUGCAUGUCAUGUCGAGUCCUGAGAUCAUGGCUUUUCUAGCUUAUCUUCUUAUCCAAGAUCUGUUGAGAAAAGGAAAUAUGAAAAAUGGAACCACUUGAUUGGAUCACAACCAGUGACUUUAGAACGUUGGUGUGCGGCCACUGAUGUGUGCUUGGAACACAUCCAGCUUGAAGUGUGAGCCCCACGCUCCCUCCCCGGCUGGGCUGGGGCUGCGGGGACAGAGGACAGAGGACAGAGGAGCACGGCGCCUCGGAGGAUCAUGUGCAAUGCUGUGUUUUGACCCUGUGCAGGAUCUCAUGUUUUUAGGGUUCUGUUUACAUGUAGAAUUGUUCAAGUUGUUAUUCCCAAUAUUUACAUUAGAGAAAUUAUUUAGAUACUUUAUAAUUUUAAGCAGCAUUUUUAAUCAUGACACUUGGCUAUUAUUGUAUUGUAAUAAAUUUCACUUUUAACACAAAA